GGAAGCGUCGGCUUCGCUGCUUUUCCACCUCUCCCUUUCGUGGCGAUGCUAAAAAAGCUCAGCAGAUCCGCGCGGUCGCCGCCAGCUCUUCCUCUUCGCUUGAUUAGCUUCAGCAAUCUCAGUUGACGACCCGAUUUGCGCAAUUUUUUAAGGCGGAGCCUUCGGAAUCUUAUCCUGUGACCACGCAGCGGGCUCGUUCCAGGCAGCGAUCCUUCCAGUUCCGGGCGCUGCUGCUCCUGCUGCGCCUGCGCGCAGUGUGGGGGGCGUGACCGCGUGACCGGCCGCGCAGCGGGGACCCCGCCGCCCGCCCCGGCUGCCUCGCGGGCCAUGCUGCCGCCUGCCGCCACGACACGUCAGUUCGGGUAGUUUUUUAAAGGCGCCCCCCCUCGGGUCCCAGCCUCGCCGUCACAGCUCUCUUGGCACCUACUCGGUCGCCCUCGUCUCUGGCGCCGCCCCCCCUUGGUGACCGGUGAUGGCAGCUGCUGCGUGGCUGUGUGGGCUCCUCUCGCUGCUGGCGGUGGCCGCCGCGGCGUCGGUGGAUGGGGCGGAGGAGGAGUGGGAGCCGCUGAUACGGAUGCCGACGGAGAAGGGGGGUAACGCUGCUGCUGCUGCUCCGGCGGCGGAGGAGGAUGAGGUGGGGACGAGGUGGGCCGUGCUCGUCGCGGGCUCCUCAGGCUACGGGAACUACCGGCACCAGGCCGAUGUAUGCCAUGCAUACCAGAUACUGCUGAAGGGAGGAGUGAAGGAGGAGAACAUCGUGGUGUUCAUGUACGAUGAUAUUGCCCAUAACAUUCUGAACCCAAGGCCUGGGGUUAUCAUUAACCAUCCUAAAGGUGAAAAUGUAUAUCCUGGUGUUCCAAAGGACUAUACAGGUGACCAGGUCACUACUGAAAAUUUCUUUGCUGUGCUCUUGGGCAAUAGAAGUGCAAUUACUGGAGGGAGUAAGAAGGUUAUAGACAGUAAACCAAAUGACCACAUAUUUAUCUAUUACUCAGAUCAUGGGGGUCCUGGAGUUCUUGGUAUGCCAAACUUGCCAUAUCUCUAUGCUGGUGACUUCAUCAAGGUUUUAAAAAAGAAGCAUGCUUCCAAUAGCUACUCGAAAAUGGUUAUAUAUGUUGAAGCAUGUGAAAGUGGCAGUAUCUUUGAGGGAUUAAUGCCACAAGAUCUAAAUAUUUAUGUCACUACUGCCUCAAAUCCUGUUGAAAAUAGUUGGGGAACAUACUGUCCUGGGAUGGACCCAUCACCCCCUCCUGAGUACAUUACCUGUUUAGGUGAUCUGUACAGUGUUUCUUGGAUGGAAGAUAGUCAAACCCACAAUCUAAUGAAGGAAACAAUCAAGGACCAGUACGAAGUGGUGAAAACAAGAACCUCAAACUUGAAGAAGUACAAAGAGGGUUCUCAUGUCAUGGAGUAUGGUGACAAGACCUUCACGAAUGAGAAGCUUUUCCUUUAUCAAGGUUUUGAUCCUGCUAAUGCUAACGCUGCAAACACGCUGCUUUGGCCUGGCCCAAAGGGUGCAGUAAAUCAGAGAGACGCAGAUCUUCUCUUCAUGUGGAAGAGGUACGAGCAGUUAGACGGGGGAUCUGAAGAGAAGCUGAGGGCUCUCAGAGAGAUUAAAGAAACUGUUCAACACAGGAAGCAUCUUGAUAGCAGCAUCGAUUUCAUCGGGAGACUUGUCUUUGGAUUUGAGAACGGGCCUAAAAUGCUUGAGGCUGUUAGGGCCUCUGGUCAACCAUUAGUCGAUGACUGGGAUUGUUUGAAGAGGAUGGUGCGGAUUUUCGAAGCCCAAUGCGGCUCGCUCACUCAGUACGGCAUGAAGUACAUGAGGGCGUUUGCAAACAUUUGCAACAGUGGUAUAUCUGAGGCAAAGAUGAGGGAGUCAAGCAUCAGCGCUUGCGGCGGUUACAACUCGGCGAGGUGGAGCCCAAUGGCUCAAGGACACAGCGCUUGAUCCGCUGCAGCCUAUAGCAAAGGUCCCCGAGGUCUAUGAAUUAUGAUGACAUCCUUUGUGCGAACUCGUGUGAUCUGGGGAAUGUAAGCCGCUCAGAAUGUGCGUUGGUUGAUCAGCUGUAUAUAUUGCAACGUGUGCCCGUACCAUGGUAAAGUCUGAUUUGCAACCAACUGCCGAAAUGAUUUAAGAUCA